AGUAUAAAUAACACCAUGCUGCACCGUGUUGUUUGCUCCAUCUCUCGCCAACAUGAAUCCGUUGUGGCUCCUCAUAGAGCUGUUCUCCAUCCUCUGCUUUCUCAUCCUGUACUACCGCCACCUGCAAUCUAAGAAAACGAGUCAUUUCGUUCCGAUCAAAUGGCCAGUGAUGGGGGUACUCCCAGGCUUGGCUGCCAACAUCCAUCACUUCCACGACUGGGUCACCGCCCUCCUCGCCGGCGCUGGCUACACCUUCAGAGUUAACGGACUUCCCGGCCAGCGGUACUUCGCCACCUGCGACCCGGCCAACGUGCGCCACAUCUUCACCUCCAACUUCGCUAACUACCCUAAAGGACACGAGUUCGUCGAGAUCUUCGAUGAUUUCCUCGGCGGCGGCCUCUUCAAUGCCGACGGCGAGUCAUGGCGGCGCCAGAGAGUGAAGGCCCAGAUGUUGAUGACGGCUCCACGGUUCCGUGCCUUCACCGCAAGCUGCAGCCGCGACAAGGCGGAGAAGAGCCUCCUGCCGUUCCUCGCCCUCGCCGCCGACGAGGGAAGGCCGUGCGAUCUGCAGGACGUGUUCCUGAGGUUAUCGUUCGACCUCACCUGUACCCUAAUCUUCGGCAUCGACCCUGCGUGCCUGCAGGUGACCGGGCUGCCGCCAGAGGUUCCCUUCCUGCGCGCCGCGGACGUCGCGCUGGAGACGAUUUUCCUCCGGCACAUCAUCCCCAUGGCGUGCUGGAAGCUGAUGAGAAGGUUAAAUGUUGGUCCCGAGCGGAAGAUGGCCGCUGCACGCCGGACGAUCGACAGCUUCGUCGCGGAGAUGAUCACACGACGACGAGUAGACAAAGUGAACGAAGGUGCCGACUUGCUUUCAUCCUUCAUCUGUCACGACGAUAACACAAGUGACGACGACCGGAGGAGUACCGACGAGUCCAUACGUGACACGACCGUGAACCUCCUAUUCGCCGGCCGUGACGGCCCGGGCACUGGGCUCUCGUGGUUCUUCUACCUCGUGUCCAAGAACCCACGCGUGGAGCAGAAGCUUCUAGGCGAGCUGUCCACCGUUGUUGUUAGUUCCCGGUCUCGGGACAGCAGCAUGGUGACGUUCCAGGCGAGCGAACUGAACAAACUGGUAUACCUGCACGCUGCUCUGUGCGAGUCCCUAAGGCUGUACCCACCAGUCCCAUUUGAGCACAAGGUCGCGGCCGCCGCCGACGAGCUGCCGAGCGGGAAGAAGUUGAAGGCAGGCGACAAGGUCCUGUUCUUCAACUACUCCAUGGGGAGGAUGAAGGGCGUGUGGGGCAAGGACUGCAUGGAGUUCCGGCCGGAGCGGUGGAUCACCGAGGAAGGGAAGCUGCGACACGAGCCGUCCUACAAGUUCUUCUCCUUCAACACCGGGCCACGGACGUGCCUCGGCAAGGAGUUGGCGUUCGUGCAGAUGAAGACCGUGGCGGCGGCCGUGCUGUGGAACUUCGACGUCCAGGUGGUGCCAGGCCACGUCGUGGAGCCGAAGCUGUCCCUCAUACUUCACAUGAAGGAUGGGCUUCUUGUGAGGGUGCACCGAAGGGCAUAGGCCGGCCACGACUAGCUCAUUUCAUCAUGUUAAGUAGAAGUAUGUCCGGUAAGAAAAUAAAGGAAGCAUCAAGCAUGUAUACAUAUACAUAAGUUUAUGGCUAAAUGGGCUUGGGGGCAUCAUCUAUAAUCUCAUCUCAUUCCUAUGUGAGAGCUGUGUUUUAAGAAGCUUUAUGGGUGUAACUGUUUGUAAAAGGUUUAUAUAUAUAGAUAUAGCAGGAAAAAAGAAAUUA